GUGAAGUAAAGGGUGAGGCCGGCCUAAGUAGCCGAAUUGCCACCUGGCAAACAAGAACCACUUUUCUUGGUCUCAACCUCCCUUAAUAAUAUAAGUCCACUCUCUUCAUAAAUUCUCGUCUCCAAUUUUUCUUUUUUCCUAAAUCAGCCAUCCAUAAGUGAAACAAAUCAAUGAAGAACAGAUUUUUCCUCUGUUUUCGACCUAUUAAUGUUGCUGAGGACUCUGUUAUUCUCAAACAUCGGUCUUCUGUAAAAAGACAUCACAAAGAAGAUUCAACUUUGAAACCAAAAGGCAGGAGGAGUAGUAGGAGAGACAAGUCAUUAAAGAAAGCAGGCUCUUCAGCAUCUGUACUUUCCUAUUCAACUUCAUCUUUAUCAUCAUCAUCAUCAUCAUCAUCUUCUUGUUCUACUACUGAAGAUGAGUUAUUAUCAAGAUCAAAUUCAUCAAGUUCAUAUGAUCAGAAAGAAGCUAAAAAUGGUUCAGCAGAACGUGACAAAGUCUAUUAUUCUAGUUCGUUUUGGGUAUAUUUGUUUAUUUUCAUUUUAUGUUUGCUUAUCUAUAUUGGUAAGGUCUAUGCAAUAGUUGUAACGUCAUUAGGGGUUAUGUUUUUCACCUUAGUUGGAAACCGGAAAUUGGAAAAUCGUAUGUAGUUGCUGGAACUGAAAUAAGAAAACAGAGGCAAAAUUAAGGAAAAUCCCUCUCUACUCAUGAGCAUGGUAAAUUAACAUUUACUAAUU